CGCGCAUAAACAAACAAACAACGAAUUAAAAAUUGGUCGAACGACGAAUAUGUGAUUUCGAAGACAGAGCUCGUCCUAAAAGCAACGACUGUCACCGUGCUUUCGGAAUCUUUUUGGACGAAGUGCAAACAAGAUGAUAUCUUUCCCGUUAUUGUGGAUCUCGAUCCUGCCCGCCAUCAUGGGCGGUUACGUUCCACCCGGUCCACGAUUCAGAUGUCCCAACGAGCCGAAAUACAUCUAUCCAUGCGCUUGCGCACGCGGUAGCGACAGAGGGCUUUACAUCCGUUGCGAGAACACGAAUUUGGCCAGCCUGAGCUUGGCCUUCUCCAAUCUAGGCAACGAGGGCGCGCCGAUCGAGGAACUAGUUUUGUACAAGUGCAACAUAGGACGUUUCUACGGGCCUGCACUCUAUCCCCUCGAUGUUCGAGUGCUCAAGUUCGUCGACACACCGCUCAGGUUGAUCGAGGAGCACAGUUUUCUCGGGGUGAACAGAACGUUGCAGGAGUUGCACGUGAUAAACAGCAUCCUGGAGAAGUUCCCGCACGAGGCGUUGCAAAUUUUGGGGAAUCUCAGUAUCCUGAGCAUAACUGGCCAUCGAAUUUCUACUUUACCGGCGAACAGUUUCGCGGAGAGUGCCGCGGCAGCGAAAAUCGAAAAGUUGGAGAUCAGUAACGGCACGCUUAGCUCGUUACCCGUCGAAGCGUUGGCGCCUUUGAAGAAGCUGAAAAGAUUGGACAUGCACGGCAACAAGAUCAAGGAGCUUAAGAGGAAUCAGUUCAAGGGUUUGAGGGAUACGGAAUAUCUAGACUUGUCCCACAAUUUGAUCAGCAAGCUCGACGGUUCUCAUCUGGCUGAUUUGACGAAGAUGGGCUGGUGCAACAUGUCUCACAACGCGAUCGCGGAUUUGAAGAGAGGGACAUUCGCGAGGAACUCCUUGCUCAAGGUAUUGAAUCUGAGCCACAAUAAAAUAAGGAAGCUCGACUCCAACACUUUUCGCGGCAUGCGUUUCUUGAUAAGAUUGUAUUUGAGCGACAAUCAGAUAAACGACGUUGGGAGAGGAACCUUUGGACCCGUGACUAGGAUAGGAACCAUCGAUCUGGCACGAAAUUUCAUCAAGAAGAUCGACUUUCAGAUGUUCAAUCAACUUCAAUUCGCGGAACUGUUGGACGUGUCCGAAAAUUUCGUCACCGUCGUAGAGAAACUUUCUUUCAAGGAUCUCUACUUGACCAGGAUCGAUUUGUCUCGUAACGAAAUUUCGAAGAUAGAGCCGGGCGCUUUUGAGAAUUGCGUGAACAUCACGAUGCUGGACCUGAGCCACAACAAACUGGAAAACAUCUCCAAGUAUUCCUUCGACAGUGCGACUUAUGCCACGGAGCUGCAAUUGAGUUACAAUCAAUUGACCGCUCUUAACCAGGUACCUCUACACAACAUGACAGGAUUGAAAGUUCUCAACGUGUCUCACAAUUUGAUCCAUUCGGUGCCCCGCCAGACAUUUCCAAAAUUGUACGAGCUCCACACGAUAGAUCUGUCCCACAACAAUCUGUCCGAGAUCCACAACGCCGUCUUUCAAACUCUGUUCAGCCUUCGUUUCUUGAAUCUGUCUCACAAUUCUCUGGAGAGGAUUAAACCGUCCACGUUCGGCCCGUUGGCAACGUUGUUAGAAUUGGACAUGAGUUACAAUCGAUUGAACGACGUCGCUCGCAGCAGUUUGACCAGAUUGCCGAGUUGCAGGAGCUUAACGGUGAGAAACAAUCGAUUAACGAAGAUCUUCCAGUUACCGAUUUCCCUGGCCAGUCUAGACUUUUCCGAAAAUUGGUUGGAGGAAAUUCCAACCGUGGACGUGUGGCCCACGAUGAACGCUCUCCUCUCGUUGGACCUUACGGGAAAUCGGUUGGGCGACAAUCUCAAGCAUGGAAGUUUCGAAAACUUGCUCACCUUGAGGACCUUGAACCUGCGCUCCAACAACAUAACGAAACCACCUUGGGAGGCGUUAAGCACGCUAACCAGCUUGCAGUAUCUUUAUAUGCAGGAUAACGAAUUGACCGAGUUGAGGAAGGCGGCGUUCGGGCGUCUUCCUAUAGUGUUCGAGUUGAAUCUGGCUGAUAAUAGAAUAGAGAGGGUGAGCGUGCGCGCCUUCGAAGGGUUGCUGCAAUUGUUGACGUUGAAUCUGACCAACAAUAAGAUUAGCCAUAUCCCGAACGGGGCGUUCCAAGGCCUCGUCUCUUUGAGAACGCUGGAUCUUUCUCACAACGAGUUGGAAAAAUUGGACAACAAGACCCACGGCCUCCUCGAUGAUUGCCUUUCCCUGGAGAGGGUCAAUCUGAGCCACAACAAGAUCUCAUUCGUGACCAAGAGAACGUUCCCCAACGAUCCUUGGAUACCUUAUCGGUUGAAGGAGAUCGAUCUCUCUUAUAACGUUAUGCCUGUAUUGACUCACGAGCUCACCACGGGGAUGAAGAAGAUUCUACGUUUGAACAUAAGUCAUAACAACGUUAACGAGAUUCAUAGAUAUGUGAUUGGAAACUUGACGGCGAUACAAACGCUGGAUCUUUCUUACAACGAGAUCAACGACCUCUCGGAACCGGAUAUCUUCGAACCUCCGACCAACCUGACUAAUCUGUACCUGAGUCACAACCGGCUGACUCACCUACCGUUGAACAAAAUUCUACCGCUGCCAAAUUUGAAGAUUCUCGACCUGGAGUCCAACUCCAUCGGUGUAUUCGACGAAACGUUCAUGAAAAUCAUAAACAACGGGACGAAAGUACGGUAUCACGGAAAUUCGUUGCACUGCGAUUGCCACGUGAGGCCUUUGAAGAGGUGGCUGGCCACCCAAACGGAAAUACCGGAGGAAUGGUCGAACGUUAGCUGCGAGAGCCCGCAUUUUCUCGCGAAUAAACCGUUGUCUGGAGUCACGGAGGACUUGAUGGGGUGCGGCGAGAGAGACGUGAAGGAGUAUCCCGAGUUCGACAUCACCCCAGACGUGAAAUAUCGAAACAUCGAGUACGACGAGGAGGACAAGAGUUGGAAGGCGACCUGGUACGUGACAUCGCGGGAGGACAUCGGUGACUUUUACGUGGUGGUGAGAGAGUCUGGGAGCGGCAAGUCCGCCAUCGAGAAGGAUCUCGUGUACAGCGAGAGAUCGUUCAAAAUUCAGGAUCUUCGGGACACCGGGUCGAAGUACGAGCUGUGCGUGCUGGCAAGGGACUCGGAGGGGAAUGUGAAACAUUUUCGAAGCUCCCAGUGUAGAACGUUGGCCCAGCACGCCCUGCUCGACUCCUCCUCGCCGAGGCUCGCCGUGAACGCGAACCUCCUCAUCCUGAUCGCCGUGUCCAUUCGCAUUCUGGCGUGA